AGGACCAGUGCCCACGGGCCAGUUUAGCAGGAGCGGUGGCAGGUACGGGAGCGCGGCUCGGGUCAGCCCGCCAGGGUGUCUAAACCCUUGGUUUCUCGGCGUCUGGUUCUAAGCGCGCGACCGGGACCGGCUAGGAUCUUGACCAGAGCGAGACACUGUUGUGCAGCCUCCGCCCGGGAGCCGGGAGCCCCUCACGGCGUGAAGUGGAAGUCCCAGUUCCCCCCAGUCCCUUGCGCCGGUGCGCGCGCCCCAGAAGGCCGCGCUCCCUGCCGGCCGCGUUCCUGCCGGGUCGCUCGGUCCAGUGAGGCCCAACUGGCUUUCGGAGUUGAGCAAAUCCUCGGUCCCCAAGUUGGUGUGGGGGAGUAGGUCGGUGGCUUUAUGUAGGAGGAUUCUUGGCACAUUUUAGGUUGGCUUUGCGAUAGACAGGGAUGCGAAUGUUCUUACUGGAGAGUUCAUCUAGUUUGCCGGGAGAUUGGCGCGUCGGCAGAGGUCUGAGUGGACACCCACACCCCAAGCCAAACAAACUUCAGCUGAUUGCGUCCCUGCUCUUCAGAUUCUAGGACCUUGAACUUCAGAGAGAGCUGAGUGGCAGAAGGGAUGAAGUAACCUUUAUCUAAAAACUGCAGGAUAUUUUCCAGUAAAGAACAUGGUGAAACUAAUUCACACAUUAGCAGAUCAUGAUGAUGAUGUCAACUGCUGUGCCUUCUCCUCUUCCCUCUUGGCUACUUGCUCCUUGGACAAAACAAUUCGCCUAUACUCCCUGAGUGACUUUACUGAAGUACCAUACUCUCCACUGAAGUUUCACACCUAUGCAGUCCACUGCUGCUGUUUCUCGCCUUCAGGACAUGUUUUGGCUUCCUGUUCAACAGAUGGUACCACUGUCCUAUGGGAUACUCAAAACGGACAGAUUUUGGCAGUGAUGGAACAGCCCAGUGGUAGCCCUGUGAGAGUUUGCCGAUUUUCCCCAGACUCCACUUGUUUGGUAUCAGGGGCAUCUGAUGGAACUGUUGUUUUGUGGAAUGCGCAGUCAUACAAGUUACAUAGAUGUGCUAGUGUUAAGGAUGGCUCCUUAGUGGCCUGUGCGUUUUCUCCUCCUGGAAACCUGUUUGUCACAGGCUCCUCAUGUGGAGAUUUAACAGUGUGGGAUGAUAAAAUGAGGUGUCUGCACAGUGAAAAAGCACAUGAUCUUGGAAUUACCUGCUGUGACUUUUCUUCACAACCAGUUCCUGGUGGAGAACAAGGUCUUCAGUUCUUUCAGUUGGCAUCAUGUGGUCAAGAUUGCCAGAUCAAAAUUUGGAUUAUUUCUUUUAUCCAUAUCUUAGGUUUUGAAUUAAAAUAUAAAAGUACACUGACUGGACACUGUGCUCCUGUUCUGGCUUGUGCUUUUUCUCAUGAUGGGCAGAUGCUAGUUUCAGGAUCAGUGGAUAAGUCAGUUAUAGUGUAUGAUACUAAUACUGAGAAUAUACUUCACACCCUGACUCAGCACACCAGGUAUGUCACAACUUGUGCCUUUGCACCCAAUAUCCUUUUACUUGCUACUGGUUCAAUGGACAAAACAGUGAACAUCUGGCAAUUUGAUACGGAAACACUUUGCCAAGCAAAGAUUCCAGAUCAACCAAAGCAGUUUACUGAAAAUUGGUCAGAGGAUGAUGUCUCAAACUGGCUUUGUGCCGAAGGUUUAGAAGACCUCGUUGAUAUUUUCAAAAUGAAUAACAUUGAUGGAAGAGAAUUAUUGAAUCUUACAAAAGAAAGUCUAGCUGAUGAUUUGAAAAUAGAAUCUCUAGGGCUGCGUAGUAAAGUUCUGAGGAAAAUUGAAGAACUGAGGACAAAGGUGAAAACCCUUUCUUCUGAAAUUCCUGAUGAAUUUAUAUGUCCAAUAACUAGGGAGCUUAUGAAAGAGCCUGUCAUCGCAUCAGAUGGCUACUCAUAUGAAAAGGAAGCAAUGGAAAACUGGAUCAGCAAAAAGAAACGUACCAGUCCCAUGACAAAUCUUGUUCUUUCUUCAGUGAUACUUAUACCAAAUAGGACUCUGAAAAUGGCCAUUGAUCGAUGGCUAAGCGAGACACAUCAAAAAUAAAACUCUCUAUAUUGUGUUA